AACCCUGAAAUCUGACGGAUUUGGAGCAUUUUUCAAAAGAACAUUGGGAAAACAUUGCCACUACCCACUUCAUGAAGAAGACAAUGUUGUAUUUCAAAAGGCCGUCUGCACUUCAAUCAGAAAAACAACUUUGGGAAUGUUGUUCAACAACUUUCUUUGCUUUUCCUCCUACCCAGUUUUCUUCCUUCACUAGAGACAAACAAAUUCCUGUAAGCAGCUCAUCUGUGUCACAAGCUGUUUGGUUCACACCUUGAGUGGAGAGUGUUGUCGUCUUCAACACAAGACUAAAGAAACUGUUAAAAAGGAAACCGUGUAAGCCGAUGUGGAUGGAAAUCCAGCAGCAUGAUUAAGGGCAAGAAGAAAAGGGGGUCAAAACAUAAACCUGGUAAUGUCUCCCACGACAGUGAGGCAUCCAUCACUAAACCCACUGAAAACAGUGAUGCCUCCAAAGACAGGCCUCUCGACAUCAGACCAGAACAACCUUCAUCCUCAGACAGGACUCAUCAGGGGUCAAAACCUGAAUCCAGCGAUGUCUCCCCCACAUCAUCACUGAACCCAUCAAAGGGAGACAUCACUGGAAUCAGCAGUGAUGUCUCCCAAGACAGUUCAGAAAAACCUUCAUCCUCAGACAGGAUCCAUCAGGAGCCCAGCUGUGUGUCCUUCAGGAGUGAUUUUUCCAAGGACAGGGUUCCUAACUUUAGCUCAGAGGUUCCUUCUCCAGAGAAAUUGGAUGAGCAGAGCUCAGAGGUUCCUAGUGGCCAGUCUGAACAGCUGGACUCUACCUUUAAGCUGCUGAAGGAAAAAAUUGUAACUUAUGUGAAUGGCGAGCUAAAGACAAUCCAGGAUGUCCUGGAUCCAAAUAACACAGAAUGUUUAGAUAGUCCGUGGGAGUUUGAUGAAGUGUCAGAAGACGAGGAUGAAGAGCUGAACAGGAGCAACAAGGAGGCCCUUUUAAAGCUCACACUGAACUUUCUGAAGAAAAUGAAGAAGAAGAAUCUGGCAAAUCGUCUGAAGAACAAACUUUAUACUUCAGUUUCCCAACGUCAACUGAAAUCGUCUCUGAAGCAGAAGUUCCAGUGUGUGUUUGAGGGGAUUCCUAAAGCAGGAAACCCAACUCUUCUGAAUCAGAUCUACACAGAGCUCUACAUCACAGAGGGAGGAACUGGACAGGUCAAUAAAGAACAUGAGGUCAGACAGAUUGAAAUAGUGUCCAUGAAACCACAGAGACCAGAAACAACAAUCAGACAAGAAGAUAUUUUUAAACUCCCACCUGGAAGAGUUGAACCAAUCAGAACAGUGAUGACACAGGGAGUGGCUGGCAUUGGGAAAACAGUCCUAACACAGAAGUUCACUCUGGACUGGGCUGAAGAUAAAACCAACCAGGAUGUCCAGUUUAUAUUUCCAUUCACAUUCAGAGAGUUAAAUCUGUUGAAGGACAAAAAGUUCAGCCUGGUGGAACUUCUUCAUCACUUCUUUACUGAAACCAAACAAAUCAGCCAGUUUGAACAGUUCCAGGUUCUGUUCAUCCUUGAUGGUCUGGAUGAGAGUCGACUUCCACUGGACUUCAACAACAAGGAGAUCCUGACUGAUGUUACAAAGUCUGCCUCAGUGGAUGUUCUGCUGACAAACCUCAUCAGGGGGAAACUGCUUCCUUCAGCCCGCCUCUGGAUAACUACAAGACCUGCAGCAGCCAAUCAGAUCCCUGCUGAGUGCGUUGACAUGGUAACAGAGGUCAGAGGGUUUAGUGACCCACAGAAGGAGGAGUACUUCAGGAAAAGAUUUACAGAUGAAAAGGAGGCCAACAGGAUCAUCACCCACAUCAAGAAAUCACGGAGUCUCCACAUCAUGUGUCACAUCCCAGUUUUCUGCUGGAUCACUGCUACAGUUCUGGAGGAUGUGUUGAAACCUAAACAGGGAGAAGAGUUACCAAGCAGCCUCACUGAGAUGUACAUCCACUAUCUGAUCGUUCAUACCAAAGUGAAGACAACAAAGUAUGGCAAAGGGAAAGAAACUGAUUCACUUUGGACUCCAGAGAGCAGGACGAUGAUUGAGUCUCUGGGAAAACUGGCUUUUGAUCAGCUGCAGAAAGGAAACCUGAUCUUCUAUGAGUCAGAUCUGACAGAGUGUGGCAUCGAUAUCACAGCAGCUUCAGUGUACUCAGGAAUCUUCACACAGAUCUUUAAGGAAGAGAAAGGACUGUACCAGGACAAGGUUUUCUGCUUUGUCCAUCUGAGUGUUCAGGAGUUUCUGGCAGCUCUUCAUGUCCAUCUGACCUUCAUCAAAGACAAUCUUAAUGUGAUGGAACAAAAACAAGUAGCUUCCAGGAUUUCUACAGCUUAUAAGAAACCAAAAUUAACAAAUCUCCAUCAGAGUGCUGUUAGUAGGAUCGUGAAAGAUCAAAAUGGACAUCUGGACUUGUUCCUCCGCUUCCUCUUGGGUCUUUCAGUGCAGACAAAUGAGAGCCUUCUGGAAGGGUUGGUGACACAAACAGGAAGCAACUCACAGACCAACCAGGAAACAAUCCAGUUCAUCAAGAAGAAGCUCAAUGAGAAUUUGCCUGUAGAAAAAAGCAUCACUCUCUUUCACUGCCUCAAUGAACUGAAUGAUCACUCCCUGGUGGAGGAAGUCCAGCAAGCUCUGCAGUCAGGGAAUCUUUCCACAGAUAGCCUUUCUGCUGCUCAGUGGUCGGCUCUGGUGUUCGUCUUACUGACAUCAAAAGAAGUUCUGGAUGUGUUUGACCUGAAGAAAUAUUCAGCUUCAGAGGAGGUUCUACUGAAGCUGAUGCCAGUGGUCAAAGCAUCCAACAAGGCUCUGCUUGGUGGCUGUAACCUCACAGAAGAUAGCUGCAAAGCUUUGGCAGAAGUCCUCAGCUCCCCGUCCUCCAGUCUAAGAGAAUUGGACCUGAGUAACAACAACCUGGAGGAUUCAGGAGUAUCGGCUCUAGUAGAAGGACUGAAGAGUCCAGAUUGCAAACUGGAAACUCUGAGUUUGUCAGGCUGUGUAUUAACAGAAGAGGCCAGUUCUUUUCUGGCCGAAGCACUGGGCUCCGACUCCCAUCUGAAAGAGUUGGAUCUGAGCUACAAUCAAAUCCGAAACACAGGGGCAAAGACUCUGACAGAUAUAAAGAACAAAUCAGGAUCCAAACUGGAGACUCUCAGAUUGAUGACUGUACCAGGGAAAUGGUCGAUACCUGGUUUCAAAAAGUAUUCCUGUCCACUCAAAAUUGACACAAACACAAUCAGCAAAAAUCUCAAACUAUCUGAGAAAGACAAGAAGAUAACAAAUGAAGAAGAGGACGUGUCAUAUCCUUAUGAUCCAGUCAGAUUUGACAAUCCUCAGCUGCUUUGUGACAAUAAACUGGAAGGUCGCUGCUACUGGGAGGUCAAAUGGAAAGGGGAGGUUUUCAUAUCUGUGAGUUACAAAGGAAUUAACAGAAAAGGAGAUAUGGAUGACUCUGUGUUUGGAGGGAACAGUCAGUCCUGGAGUCUGAGCUGCUCUAGUGAUGAUGGUUACUCUGUCUGGCACAAUAAUGAAAAAAUACCCUGCAUCCCCACAGCGGUCACUGAAAGAGUAGCAGUAUAUGUAGACUAUGAAGCUGGCAUUCUGUCCUUUUACAACAAAUCCUCUGACAAACUGAUUCACCUCCACACCUUCAACACCAAGUUUACAGAACCUCUUUAUCCUGGGUUUGCGUUAUGGAGUCCCGGUUCCACUGUGUCACUGUGUUCAGAGUAAAAAGUCUCAUCCUGUCAGAGAAACACCUUGACACCUCUAGCCUCUAUUUUUGUGUAUAAAAGUCACUAAACUUUAUCAAUAGGUCAUUUUUAACAGUAAUCUGGGUGUUUUAUGUAAAGAUUUUCUGUGUAAUAAAUAUUUUUCUUGGGUUUCCUUCAGACUAUAAAAUGCAAGGAAUGAAGGGGAAAUGUUGCUUCAGUAGAAAAACUAGAGUCUAGAUUCAAUUCUUAAUAUGUAUAUUGAGCUGGUUUCCUAAUUAUUAUUCUGUGAAGAAAACAUUUGGUCACUGAAGUCUCAACUCCCACAAAAAUGCUGUUUAAAUAUUCUUCUAUACAACAGGUCUCUUAAUAGUGAAGGAAUUCAUGAGUCUGUGUGUAAAUAAAACUUCAGGAUGCCAUUCAGACCGUUUAGUUUUUUAGAUAAAAUUUUAGUGUUUUUGAAUGUAAAAUUUUUCAUCUGUUAUUUGGUAUGCUACAUUUGGAGUUAAUCACAAUAUCUUUUGAUUUAUAUGUUUUCAUUGUUGCUGUUAUUAUUGAUGAUGUAUGGUAAUUUUUACAUGGAUGUAAUGGAAACUGGAAUGUUGUGGCUGUUAUGCAGUUGUUCAUUCAAUCAAACAUGUUGUGAUGCAGUUACAUUAAAAUAUCUUAGUGCUAUUAAUUAGAAAGAAGGACUUUCUCCUCUCUAAGUAAUGCAACUACUGUAUGUUAGAGAAAAUGUUCAUAUAUUUUACAGAAUAUUGUGUCUUUCAUUUACUUUACGGUCACUGUUACUGGGAGGUCAAAUAAAAAGGGGAGGGAUGUUUUCUUUAUAGUAAGUUUUCUUACAGUAAAAACAGAGAAACUAUAUUUUUAAAGUGUAACGGUAUAGAAACAGUGGGAUGAUUCUUUUUUUCUUGCCUUGUGAGGAUGACAAUGCACAUAUAUUUUCUGGCUUUAGAUCUAUGUGUUGGUUUUCUUUUGUAAAAUUCAUCUGUGAAGUUAAGUUUUAAAGCAAUGUUUAACUGUACUUAUGCUCCUGUUUUUCUGUUUAUUCAUAAAACACUGUCAUUAAACUGUGUUCUUGCAAAACGCCA